CAGAUGCCCUUGCGUCCUCUGGCUCAUAGGUCAUCUCUAACAAAGAUCGCCAUGGCAGAGGUGCAUCUGCGCCUGAGCGUUAUAGUUUUGGAAUUAUAGUUUGGUUCAGAAGUAAGUGCACGACCUUUUCUGGACGCCCUCUGAGAGACUAGGUCGGCAAAUAGAAUUAAAGGGGAAGAGACACACAAGACCCUCCUCUGGGCAACUCCGAUGGAUUCAGGUCUGUGAUGAAAAUUAGGUGAUGGAAAAGGGAGGGAGAAAGUUUAGAUUUUGAAGGAAAGGAAGAGUUAAAGAAUUUUGGUUGCUGUGGUUUAGAGAAUGCACCCCACUGCCUGUGUUUCCUACUUAUACUCACUUCACAAGUGCACUGUCCCUCUUCCCUCAGAGAGCUUCCGAUUUUGAAGACAGGAAUGCUGAGGAGAGAAAAACCAGAAAGAAACCCCUCCAAAAAACAGCUGGCUAGAUCACCAUUGCUUUUUCCUGGUUGGUCCCGCUGAGGAUCCCAGUUAGAGACGGGAUUCAAGGUCUGCUGGGGAAAUAAGCCCCCCUUGCAAGAGGCUGUGUGCGCUUGGGCUCUUAGUCCUCGACACCCCAAAAUCCUGGUAAAACCGAUUCUCCUGGCUGGCUUGCCAAAAAUGAAAUAAAUAUUAUUGCUUCCCCAAGGGGAUCCUAGCCUCGUGAGGACCGGACCCUCGGAAGGAGCACAGUUGUGGAGGCUCCAUACCAGUCGGGAAAUGAAAGAGACCACACCAGGAUUGGUGUAAAAGCAAAGUCUGAUCUUUAUUUUCAAAGAACAGAAGACUGUUGCAACAGGGUUCCCGCUCACAUAACAGAAGGACGGAGUGAGAACCCUGAACAAAGAAACUGCCUUUACUUAAAUACCUUUUCAUUUCCAUACAGAUCAAUGAUACAGAAAAUGACAUAAAUGGCGCAAAAAGAGGAUUAACAUAAGGUAAGUGGGAUGUUGUAAGAUCUGGGGUGGUGUUAAUGGAGAUGUUGUCCACUUUGAGGUUGGGAACAAAAGGUGUUGGAGUGGUUUUUCCUCUUCAGCGGAUCUUGACUAAGAGUUCUGUUUUUGCUUCAUUUUCAAGAAGGAAAUCCAGAGUUUUGGGGUGAUCCGCCGCACGCACUAACUACUGCUGCCUCUCCCGUCGCCUAUGCAGAUUAAAUGGCUGGAUAUUUGGGAAACAGUUAUCAGUGUUGGUGUGAAGUCCUGUUUCUGCAUGAUUAUCAGUGCUGGUGUGAAGUUCCGCUCUGCAUACUUUUAUUAAUUAAACUGAUUUUAUGUUGCAUUUUGUGUGUAUUCACGAUGUCAUUUGUAGACCCAGUAGGUGGCGCUGUGGUCCUUGAAGGUAUUUUGACAGUUUGUGAACAGCAGAAAAUUGACAGACCAAGUAUACUGCAAUGGAAAGUCAGACAAAAUAUAAAAUAUUUUGGCUACAUUCUCCCAGUUACAUUUUGCCGUUCUAGUUACAUCUGGUGUAAGAAAACAAUUUUUUAGAAAGAAACAAAAAGGUGAUACGUUUUAUAAGUCAACAGUUGCAUUCCUCAGCUACAUUCUUUAAUGGCAUUGCAGCGAUACAUCUAUACAGAUGUGCAAGAUACAAGUAAAAAGAUACAUUCUUUUGUUAGCAUAGAAAUACGUAACACUGAGAGGUUCAUUUAUUAACUCCCCUCUCUGAUCAUGGCUGAUCAAUGACACAUUGGAAGACUCAGGAGAGGCCCAAUGGAAGUCCUUCUUCCCACAGCACACAGUUAACCUGUGGCGGUGAUGGCCACCAACUAGGAUGGCUUUCAAAGAGGAUCUGUCAAAUUCACGGAGGGUUAACAUUGGCACAAGACUGCCAACGGCUACUAGCCACAAUGACAACCGGUGCUGGAAGCCACGUGUGAAGCCAGGGCUCUUGCGCCUGGGUCCUGCUUUGUGGGCUCUCCACAAGCAUGACUGGAAGGUCUCUGUGGGGACAGGAUGGGGGACUAGAUGGGAUACAGGCUCUUUUUGUGUAUUUGUGAAUGUCACACUUUGGAAAAACACACACACCAAUAGAAAAACCAAAGCCUCAUAUAUGGUUUUGACUGCGUGUUUAUUUCAAUUAUAUAUUCUGGUACUUUUCUUCCUCUGAAAACAAAAUGCAUUCCCUUCCUUCUAUUAUCCUAUUGUUAAAAGAAAGAGUCCAACAACAAAAACCCUCGCCUCACAUUUCCUCCCUCAGCCCGCCAUUAACGGUCCCACGCGCUUUUUGAAACCUAGGAGCGCCCUCCCGUUCUGCGCCGACUUCCACGAUUUGAGGGGGCAGCUUUCUCUCCCUAACAUUUCAUUGGGCGGCGCUGCCGUCACUCUUUAUAGAGUAUAUUAUGAAAAGGCGGGAUUGGCGGAGGAGGCGUCGGCGUCGCUAAGCAGCCGUUCCGCGCUCACGACACGCGCGCGCGCGCGCGCCCCCGCUUGGUCAGCCUCUCUUGACCCGCCAUGUUCUUCUCGCUUUGUUGCGCGAGAUCGCGCUCCAUCCGCCCACCCGCCCCGCUGCCGUUGGCCGGCGCGUAAGGGAGCUCAGCCUCUCGGCGUUCGGAGGAGCUCUCGCGAGAGGGCGCGCGAGGUUAGCCCCGUACUCGCGAGCGCGAGCUCUGCCUCCGCGCAGGCGCAGUCGCGAGGCCUUUUAAACCCCUCUCCCCUGCUGCUGCCGCCGCCCCCUACCCCCCCCUCCGCCUCCGCCGCACGCACUAACUACUGCUGCCUCUCCCGCCGCCGCCUACUUGGGGCCCCGCCGCGUCACGUGACGGCGCCAGGUUUUUAAUGUUUACAUUCGAAGCGGGCGGCCCGCGGCGGCGCCCCUCCCCCGCUCCCCGCCUCAUUCUCCUCAGUCGCCUCAGCAGCAGCUCCGGCUUCAGUCUCCUCAGAGGCGUCCUCCCCUCAGCGACCGUUUCGCUUUCAUUUCCGGGCAGCGGCGGCUGCGGCGGCGACUCUCGGCAGCCCCAGCCCCCAGCACCACGACAACGGCGGCGGCGGCGGCGACGGUGGUGGUGGCGAGCCGCGUCGAGCAGGAGGCGAAGGAGGAGCAGCAGCAGCAGCAGCCGCUCGCCGGCCUAAGCCGCCGCCGCCUCUUGCUCCACGCGCCCGCCAGGGACACGGAGCCCGGAGGCCACAAGAAAGGAGGAGCGGGCGGCCGCGGCGCCGCCGGCUGCCUCAGCCGAGGAGGGCCUUCCAGCGCCGCCAGCCCAGCCUCCUGCCCGGCAGCAGACAUGGAGGAGCUGGUGGUGGAGGUGCGCGGCUCCAACGGGGCCUUCUACAAGGUAACGGGCGGCGGAGGGGCGGCCUGGCGGGGAAGCAGAGGCUUUAUGGGGUGGGGGGCAGGCGCCCGACUCGCGAAAGGGGCUCCGGGGUUGCAGGUAGGGACCUCCGGCGACCUCGCCACCUGCGCCCUCGCCCCACCGUCGCCCUUUGGCGAUGGGCAACAGCCCCCUGUGGCUGAAGGGCCGCGGGUUUAUUUUUUGGGGGGGGAGCCCUGGCCCCUCUCAGUUUGGCGGCGGGGGUACGAGUUGGUUACGGUGAGUUGGGCGGGUCCACCUUGCGCGUUCCUCUUCCCUCAGGUCUUGGGCUUACUGGUGUCCUGUUGCCUUGGGGGGGGGGGGAGUUAAUGGUUUGCUUUGUGUCUGUGUUUUAAUUAUUAUUAUUAUUAUUACGCGUUUUGUGUUUCCAUCUUGCAUUACUAUUUCUUAAGUUUGUACACCGCCUUUUUGCGCUGCCGCCCCGCGGUCUGCAAAGGGAAGGUGGGCGUACGAAUUUAAAGCGUGAUUUUAAAAAAGUGCAUCGGCCCCAGCCGCUCCUUCUCCCGCAGCUCGGUCCUGCCGCGAGCCGGGCAGAGGCGCCCCAAAUGGGAAGCGCCAAAGACCCCGAGCAAGAGAACGGGGCUCCCUUCUUGGGGCUUCCAGCAACCGGAAUCUUUUACUGCCCCGCAGGCGGCGGGGAGGGUGUGCGCGCGCACUUUGUCCGUGGUUUUUGUCGUCGUCAAUUGUACUUUUUAGUUGCUUUAUUCAGCGCACGGCAACCCAAAACUGCAGACAGACAGACGACACACCCACCUGCCUGACAUAGGUAGGAUAACUAAUAUGGAAAAAAGAAAUGCAUGAAAAACAUCCCACCUGCUUCCAAAUGGCUAAUAUUGCUGGCAUAUGCAGUUCAUUUUGGGUGUGUGUAUAUUAUAUGCGUAUUCUCAUGGGGUCAUUUUGGUAAAGAGUAGGUGUCUGAGUUGGGCAGUAGUUAACCCAGCUGAGUUGGGGAUACCUAGUUUUGAUGAAGGGGGUUAAGGAGUUGAGAGGGUAGGAGGCUAGUGAUGCCUUGGUUUCUUUCCCUGGAUGAUUGAGGCAUGCAUCCCAGAAGCCUUAAAGGUGUAUUUGGGGACCUGGUUAAAUAUAGAAACGAGUGGGGGAAAGUGUAGGUUUUGAGGAAGAGUUGCAGGAGACAUUUAACUUGGAUGAGGGGAUUCUAGUAGGUGAAGUUGAAAGAGUGUGACCGUGCAUGGUGAGAUGCCCAGUCUUUGUUGCUCCAAGUGCACCCAAAAUUGGUAAAAGUUCUUUAAAAUUGAAUCCUCAUGAGCGCCUUUUUGCAUAGUGUUAACUAACACUAUUACUUGCUUCAGGUAGGUAACCGUGUUGGUCUGACACAGUUGAAAUUUAUAAAAAAAUUGUCCAGUAGCACCUUAGAAACCAACUAAGUUUGUUCUUGGUUUAAGCUUUUGUGUAUAUUUUGACUAUUUCUUGCACAUGUGGUUCAAACUUGCAUUAGUCUUAGGUUGGCUUCUGCAACAAAUUAAUAGUUAACUUCAAACUGUUAAUACAUUUGUAUCAGUUGGCUGAAGGUUCUUUUUAUUUUUCCUUUCACAAAAUAUUCUCAACCAAAUUAUUCAGGCAUCCUCUGCCCUGUUUCAGCCCUGUUGAAAUCAAAAUCACGAUUAUUGUGAUUCAUCUGCUAGCAUAUUAGAGUAUUAGACAUAUUCCAUUUGAUAGUGGAGAAAUUGGCUUAAUGGCAACAUUCGGAACAUGAAGUAUCAUUUAUUGUGGAUUUAAUUCAAGUAUCUGUAAUUUCCAAAGGAUUCAGUGGUAUCAACUUCUGAACCUUAGUUUUCCUAAGAACAAUACCUAGGGCAUACCUAGUCCUCUAGGGCAUUGCGGUUGGUACAGAAAUUGAACUAAAAAUCCUAACUUGAGCAGCUAGGAUCUGCCUAGAUUCUUAGAAGACAUUUGUGCUUAAAAUAGUUUAUCACUGUUAACUUUCACUUUUUAUAUAAACACUAGAAGGUAGCUCUUAAUGCUUAUCACUAGUAGUUAUUUGGGCAUUGUUUCUUCUUUCUGUUCUUUUUGCAGCAACUUUGACCAAAAGAGUUAAUACUUAGCCUCUUAAAUGACCACAUGGUUUAAGACUAUAAAACCGAUCAAACGGGCCAGACCUAACCAGUAGUUCAGGUGGAAUUUUCUAUCUAAAUGAUGCAAAAGAAGCAAGAAUGAACUUCGGAAUUGGUUUCUGCAAAAGUUACCUACUUGUUAUUUCCAAACAAAACAGUUAAUUUCAAUGUAUCAAGAUAGUUGUAUCCAAACAAGACCAUUGAUAGUUAUUAGUGGGGGUUUCUGAUACUAUUUCUUUCAUUCCGUUGAAAUAGGUGUGUUUUUACUUUCUAAAUGUACAGGUUUAUUAACGCCGCUCUUCAGCUGCAGUAUGUACAGUUAAAUUAAUUUGAAUCCAGCUACAAUCAGCAAGUUACUUAAGUAGAACUAAAUAAAAGCCUCUGCCUAUAAUACUAUGGAAGCAUGCAGUGGUUCUUAAAAGUUUUCUAUUUCAGGACCGCUGUGGAGGGUUGCUUUUUCUGAAUCGGAGGACUUGUGAAAAGAUUCCAGAUUAAAAUUCAGAAGUUACAUUUGUCCCCUCUGAGCCUAAUCUUGCAAUGCUAGUGCUCAAAUGGUGACAACUACUUAUUCACUGUGUGAUACCAUACUUUCUAAACAUUUGAUGUAAAGAUGUUCUGGGGUGACUGGAUAGUAAUUCUGCAACUUUAAAUACUAACUUUAAACAAACUUUUUGCUGUAACAUAUUAGUAAUAACAUUAUGCAUGCCAUACAUAUAUUUUGGUACCCUUUUGCAUUUGUCAUUUUUCUCUUCCAUGCAUGUAACGUGCAUAAAUUCUUAGCAUAGCCAACCAACUGCUAUAUUGUGCCAGUUUGUUGCAUUUAGAAUAAGGGUUCAGAGUUUCCAUAUUAUACCAUUAAGAAUAAUUUGUAUUUAAAUGAUAUCUUAAUAGUAAUACCUGUAAAUUCUCACUUCUCUUUUGCAGGCUUUUGUGAAGGAUGUGCAUGAAGAUUCAAUAACGGUUGCAUUUGAAAAUAAGUACGUAUGGUCCUGGUACUGACUUGAAUAGUUUUAGGAGAUGCACUUAUGAAUUUUAUAUAAUCUAGAAAUGUAGUGGCAUUGAGGUAGUGGAUAAACUUAAAUAAGUUAAUAUUUUGAUAUUUAUCUUGCAGCCUUGCAACCAGUGUUCGAAACUCCCAUUGUUCUAGGUGCAUUGUUCGACAGGGAAUUUCAUUAGCAUGAGCAGUUUCUGAGCUCUGGGCCAAAUAUUUCCGAUUAAAACUGCAGAGUGGAAGGAAAGGAGGACCUUUUUCUGCCUCCUCACUUCCAGCUACUCUCUGAAGACUGGAGAAGAAACCUUCUUAAGUAUAUUAGGAGUGGGCGGGCAGAGGAAGGACUAGACCAUGUGAAAAAUGAACAUAAUAUUUCAGCUGCAAUUCAUUCAUUUCCAGCUUUGUAUUCUUGCUAUUAAAAAGCACUCCUAGACAUUCUAUUCUUGUACCCAUAACCUAGGUUUAAGGUGCCAUUUAGCUCCUAGCUUUUAUAUCUCAGUUUCUAACACUGCUUGCAACUACCGGUACUUCCAGAAGCAGUUGCCUGCCAUUGCUGGCAUUUUCUUUGGAACUCGAAGGCACUUGGUCAAAUGUUGGGGGCAAAUGCAUGCUAUUAUUUCUCACAAGUAUAUCCCCACCAUUAAACACAUGGGAAAAAAUGAGUUGCUGUACACUUAAAUAACUCCUCCCCUUUAUACCCAUAGCUGAAGAGUUCUGUGCAUAGAGAUGACUAUGUAGGUUGGCACUGGGAUAUUUUUUCCAUGUGGGGGAGACGUUUCCCUAAUGCUGUAGAAUAGUUUAUAACCUGAAGAUUUGUUGAGAAGUUUUAUAUAGGGAGAUGAAUUAAAACAAACAGCAUGUCUGAUAAAGAUGAAUCCAUUUCAGUAUUUAACAUUAUUGAACACUAAAAUUUGUUUUAACAGUUGUUUAAUCCAGUUGUCUUUGGUGAACGAAUUACAUGUAUAAAUAUUAUUGUUUGCACUGCUUAGAUAGUUUUAUGAUUAAGUAGUCUUAAUCUUAAGAAAAUAAUAUCAAUUGCAGGUUCAGUUACUCCUUUGAAAGCUACCUUCAAAUGCUAACCUUCUGCAUUUCUUUCUUGCUCCAAGAUACGAAGUUGCAUACCUGAACUCAGGAAGCCAUAGUUUAUGGUUUUUCAUGAACAUUACUUUCUUGGCUGAUUGUCUCUUCCCUGCCAGGCUAUGUAGGAAACAAGUCACAAUCCAUGGUUCAGACCUUAAUGUUAAGCCAGGGAUUGUGUUUUCCUUUCUCCAUGCACUUGCAUGUAGGGGACAAAUAUACCAGAAAGAAUCAGUCAGGGUAAACCGUUAAUUCUGGUUUACUGUGACUUACAAAUGAGACCUGUGAAAAUGUUCUGUCUUGACCUCUUGUAUGACAAAGUGAUAAACCCUAACCCAAGUGUGCUUUAUUGAAAUCAGUGAAAUGUUCAUGUGAUGCAUUUCACUCAUGGCACUCAUCUUUUGCUGCCAACUCACAUUACUUUUGGUGAUAUGCUGCAAUGCUUCUCUGCAAUAUCUCUUAAAAUGAGAGGUUAACUGUUUAACAGUCUAACACUUCGUUUUGUGUAACAAUGCAAACCUGAAAGUCUUAUGAGCACCUAAAUCAGGACUUUUUUUUGGCUAAGGGUUAAGUUACUGUGAUUAAUAAUGGAAAAUAUAAAUAUUAUGAAACCUGUCUUUUUUCCCCUUUUGAUGUCUUUUGUUAGGGUUUGUGAUUUUGUGUUGACUUAAAAUAGUGCUUCAACUGUCAAUAUACUGUUCUAAGACUGAUUCCUCCUCCUUUGGAGUUAGUUCAAGAAGCUGUUGUGCUAUGACUAUUACUCCUAUGCAAUGAAAGUGAGGAUUGGAGAGAGCAUUUAUACAGUUUGGGGCAUUUUAAAUUGGAGGUGCACAACUCAAAUUAAUAACAAUAAUUGAGUUGUGCACCUCCAAUAUACACAUUUGUGCACGAGCCUUCAAAACAUUCUAUAACAUUAGGCAUAAUGCAAAUAGAAAAGCAUGUGUCUAGAAGUUCUUCCUCUGCCUCUGUUUCAAAGGUUUUUUUCAGCUCUUAUCAGAGACUGAUGAGAAAUAAACUUCCUGAUAUCUUUGCCUGCCAAUCUGCACCAUGUAGGAUCCUUCUUUAAACUUUUUUCAGACAUGCUUUUUUGUUCCACCACUGUAACGACUUUUCAACAACCUUAUUACAGUACUUCACUUUUUUUCUCAGCAAUCCGUAGCAUGAUAUUUUCACUAAACUCAAAAUUUAGAUGAAGGAGAAGCUGUGCAGUCAGAAUGAUGCAACCAUUAUUCUAUUUUUGAUAUUACUGAGUGCAUUAAACAAAGAUUAGAAAAUUAGUGUUUUACAUUCUUGGUGGGGGAAUACAAGCUGUCAGGAAAUAAGUUACAGUUAGUCCAUAGGCCUUCCAUUGUGCCGGUUUGCCUUAAACUUUGUCAAAUAAAUCAAAAGAAAUUUAUCUGGGGCAAUGAGUAACACAGCUUUUGGUUACACUUUUAAAAGGCUAUUUUUUAAUAUUUCAGAAUUACAAAGAUAAAAAUCCAUCUCUUUCCCUCAUUUAACACUCUUUCCAAGUUAGUUAGCUUAUAUAUUCAGUUCAUUGCAAACUCCUAAUAAUUUUGAAUUUGUUCAGAUUAUUCCAGCUCACAGGGUUAGGGUCCAGGUAAGUAAUCACUGGCCACUGUUCUUUAUUGAUGUUGUGUACUUUCUGCUUCGCCUGCUUCAGUUACUAUUUAAUAGCCUUUGCUUUUAUUUUGUAUUUCAGUUGGCAGCCAGAGAGACAGAUUCCUUUCCAUGAUGUCAGGUUUCCUCCACCUGUGGGUUACAAUAAAGAUAUAAAUGAGAGUGAUGAAGUUGAGGUAAUAACUGUUUUAAUUGAAUUUUUUAGGUCAGGGGAAAACAUAGAUAAAGUUGUAGGUUUUUUAGAGGAACAUAAUUGCAGUCUGUGUCAAAACUUCUUUAGGCUACUUUUUCAAGCAGUGUGCAUCAGAAGCAAUUCACACCCAUUAAAAAUCCAUUUGAAAGAAACAAUCACACAAAAGAUCUAAACCAAAACAAAUCGUACAGGCAUAAGAAAUCCAGGAAAACAGUAGAUGUCAGUGUGUGGACAUAAAGGUACAGGUGUGCAUGCAGUCAAAAUAGAACAUUUUUCUGUUUACACUUAGAUUUUCACAUUGAGAAUCUUACAUUAUUACUAGUUGAAAGCUGAUGGUGUAAGCAGGAUGAGUAAUAUUACAUUCAGACUCCAGAAGUGUCGAGGAGAUCAUUUUUAGCAAAAAAUGCAAUUCUGCUAGCCAAGUCUUCAAAAGAACCCCAAAGCGCCAUACUUUCAUCAUUCUGGGUUUAAUUUUUAAAUCGCUUUUUUUUAGAAAGAUAGCUUGCCAGUUUGAGGUAAUCUAGAAAUAAGACUGUAAGUAGAAAAAGAAAUACUAACAGAAUAAAUCUCAUUAUUUUCCACAACUUCACUAAUUCAAUGGAAACAGGACUAUAAACCAUCUUUUCUAUACCCAUCAGAGAUAAUUUACUGUUGCAUGUCUCUCCUUAAUUGUAGCCUCAAUCCUACAUGCAUCAAGAGCUUCUCAUAGAGAUCUGUCUUAACCCAUCCUGAUGCCAGGCUGCUGCUGAUUUGCACUUCAGCACAAACCCUAUGUUGGGCAAUUAGUUAAUGUCCAACAGAGAUUCUUUUGCAUCUCAGCUUGGAACAUCCAGCAACCUGUUACUCAGUCUCUAGCCCUUGGCUCUAAUCGUCGAGCAGUUUGCAUGCAUAGGAUUUGAAGCAAUGCUGUGGGUUUUCCAGAAAAUUUUGAGGAUUGAAAACUUUUCAUUGACCCCAAUUGAUAUAGUUCUAACAUAGCGUGCUUAUUUGCCUGGUUUUUUUAUUAAACUAAAAGCAUGCACUGUUUUACUUGAUCUACAAGUAUUUCAGACCUUUUCCAAUAACCCAAAAUCAUUUGAACUGCAGUGUUUGUUUAAAAGCUUUACUUGGAAAUUCCUAACUGCACAAUCCUCUACAUGUCUCCUUAGGAGUUAGUCCAGCUGAGUAACAACAGGCUUACUUCUGGGUACUUGGUUACAGACUUUCAGCAAUUACAUAUUUCCCCCAUAUGUUUAAUGAAUUUGCUGAGGGUAAGAUUGUGCCCACUGGUACUGUCCCACAGUUUACACCAUGCACAACUGGAUUGUCUGGUACAAACUGUAUAUGCAUAUAGUUGUACAGAACCUGCUCAGAGCCAUUCUCAACUUUCUCACACUGGCUGAGGCAAAGCCUUAUGCUACAAUCCAGUUCCACUUCCAUGCAUUCAUUGAACACGUAUGAAGAACCAGAGUAUAACUGUGAAACUGCCCAAACUGACUCUUAAUGCAUUCACUUUGUUUUUUUUGAAACACUGUAUUUUUUAGAAAUAGAAAACUUGCUAUUGAAAGAGAGUAGAAAAUAUCCAUUACAGAUUCUUUCCCCACCACACUCGCCUUGAAAAAACUAGCUUCCAGAUCACGCCCAGAUGAGGUGCAGGAUGGCUUUGAAUAUGGCUAGACCAUGUACAUUUAAUACAUCGGAAUGGUUAUGGUGCUGCAACUCAGUGGUACGUUAGGGGGAUAUGAAUAAUAAUCUCUUUUCAACUCCUAAUUUCCAGUAUGGUGGGGAGCAUUAUUAGUGUGGUGUACUGUUUUUCCAUUAGAUCAUAGAAUUGUACAGUUGGAAGGGUCCAAGAGGGUCAUCUAGUUCAACCACUGCAAUGCAGGAAUCAUUUGCUCAAUGUGAGACUUGAACCCAUGACCCUGAGUUUAGGAGUCAUAUUCUGCGACUGUGUCUACUGCAUAAUAUGAUAUUCUACACUAUGAUUUUGUUUAGGUUUAUUCCAGGGCUAAUGAAAAGGAACCAUGUUGCUGGUGGCUGGCUAAAGUGAGAAUGAUAAAGGGUGAGGUAGGAAUAUAUAUAUUUUAAUAUUCUGGCAUUGACAUGUUAAGUGUAGUUUUUGGAUUUCAAGUUCUUGUGGGUCUCUUUUCAAGUACUUCCAAUUUAUUGGAAAUUUCCUCCUAGAACCCUAGUUUAAAUAUGUGUCAAAGGGAUGCAGACGGCGCUGUGGUCUAAACCACCAAGCCUCUUGGACUUGCUGAUCAUAAGGUUGGCAAUUCAAAUCUGUGUGACAGAGUGAGCUCCCAUUGCUUUUUCCCAGCUCCUGCCAACCUUGCAGUUUGAAAGCAUACCAUUGUGAGUAGAUAAAUGGGUACCACUGCGGCAGGAAGGUAAAUGGUGUUUCUGUGCGCUCUGGCACUCAUCACAGUGUUGUAUUGCCCAGAAGCAGUUUAGUCAUGCUGGCCACAUGACCCAGGAAAGCUGUCUGUGGAAAAACGCAGACUCUCAGCCUGAAAGUGGAGAUGAGUCAAAUUUGACUGGACUUAACCGUCCAGGGGUCCUUUACCUUUUACCUUAAAUAUAUGUUAAAGCAAAAAAAUGUAGUUUCUCCCAGAAGUAAGUGAGACCCCUUCGAAGUACAGUUGUAGCACACAUCACUUCUCAGUUAAACAUUCUCUUAGACAAUUUUGUUCUUUUGAAUUAGUUUUAUGUAAUAGAAUAUGCAGCCUGUGAUGCUACCUACAAUGAAAUUGUCACAAUUGAGCGCCUACGAUCUGUGAAUCCCAACAAACCUGCAACAAAGGAUACGUUUCAUAAAAUCAGACUUGAUGUACCAGAAGAUUUAAGGCAAAUGUGAGUAUAAAGAUCUUUUAUAAAGAGUUUUAAUCCAUUUUUUAAAGUUUGUAAUACCAUCUCAUUAUAGUUUUUGUUCUACUCCAGUAACAACAAAUGCAUGCCUUUUACAAAGAUGUUUACAAAUGCAUUGCAGUUUAGAUAGUUCUGAAAGCCCUGAAAGGCAUUGUGUACAGCAACAUAACAUUUAAUUAAAAUAUUGUAUUUAUUGCAAUGUAUUCAUGAAUAUGAACGAUUAGGAUGCCACAUCUCACCUGUCACUAUUUAAUUGCCUGUACAAGUAUGGGGCAGAUAACCUAACUAGUUGAAACCAAAUGAAAAUACGUAAGUAUAAAUUUAACUACCGUUGGAGGCUUGUGAAUUAUUUCACUUUUAGUCACUUAAAUAUCAUACAUGACUCAGGUCUUUUUGCUAGACUGUGGCAUUUCAUUGUUACUUGUGAUAAGGGCAGGUCAGCUGAGAAACACAGUGGAGCUCUUGGGCAGCUCUUCUCUUACCUCACGCUAUGGUGCAGAGCAUACUAGGUUAUACUGUUCUUCAUGCAAUCCUGUGAUUGCUUUACGAUAAGAUGGUUCCAUUAAAUGAACAUUAUGAAUUUUUUAAGUACUUUGUGUUUUAGGUGUGCUAAGGAAUCCGCACACAAGGACUUCAAGAAGGCAGUUGGGGCAUUCUCAGUCACAUAUGAUUCUGAAGCCCAUCAGCUUAUAAUUUUGGUAUGUGUUUCUGCUUUUGAUGUAUUCAAACUGUUUUACAUUGAAUGUGAUACUGAUCAAAGAUCUCUUUUCCUCCUGUCCCCACAUUCUUUAGUCUAUUGAUGAGGUAACAACAAAACGUGCAAAUAUGCUCAUUGAUAUGCACUUUCGAAGUCUGCGCACCAAGUUAUCAUUGAUUAUGAGAAACGAAGAAGCAAGCAAACAAUUAGAGGUACUGUAUCUGUUUUUAUUUUAUUUUAUUUAUUUUAUUUUUAUCUCUAACCAAGAAUGCAUCUUUCCACAGAGAUCAAGGAUGCAGGUGGCGCUGUGGGUUAAACCACAGAGCCUAGGACUUGCCGAUCAGAAGGUCGGCGGUUCGAAUCCCCGCGACGGGGUGAGCUCCCGUUGCUUGGUCCCUGCGCCUGCCAACCUAGCAGUUCAAAAGCACAUCAAAGUGCAAGUAGAUAAAUAGGUACCACUCCAGCGGGAAGGUAAACAGCAUUUCUGUGCGCUGCUCUGGUUCGCCAGAAGUGGCUUAGUCAUGCUGGCCACAUGACCUGGAAGCUGUACGCCAGCUCCCUUGGCCAAUAAAGCGAGAUGAGCGCCGCAACCCCAGAGUCAGUCACGACUGGACCUAAUGGUCAGGGGUCCCUUUACCUAAAGUUUCAUUUCUCACCAAGAAUGUAUCUUUCCACAGAGUUCAAGGCAGCUUGCUUCACGAUUUCAUGAACAAUUCAUUGUACGUGAAGAUCUAAUGGGUCUGGCCAUUGGCACUCAUGGUGCUAAUAUUCAACAAGCCAGGAAAGUACCAGGUGUGACAGCUAUAGAUCUUGAUGAAGACACUUGUACAUUCCAUAUUUAUGGGGAGGUGAGUUGCAUCUGUUUCUCUUUCUCUCUCACUCUCACUUACACACAAACACAGCUCUGAUUCUAAGACACUGCAACCCUUUAACAUCCAUUUUAUUUGUAUUUCCUAUAGGAUCAAGAUGCAGUAAAGAGGGCAAGAAGUUACCUUGAAUUUGCUGAAGAUGUCAUCCAAGUCCCCAGAAACUUAGUAGGUAUGUUGAUUUGAACUAUGAUUUUGAAGCUGUUCGGAACCUAUGGCCCAAAGCAGGGAGUAGUUGAGUGCUGGGAUACCAAAGAAGGAUAUCAAAAAUGCCAUAAUGUUUUCAAAAAUGGCAAAGUUCUAGUGCUUUAUUAAAGAAAAGUGCAUGCUUAUGAGCUUGUCAGGUUUCCUAGACUUUACAGAAACCGCAGCAAGGAGAUGGCGUGUUCAUACCCAAGCAAACAUUCACACCCUUUAGAUACAAAGCAACAUACACCACUUUGGCCUGAUUUCCCAUCACUGCACCUGACCGAAUGAGGGCAUAGGUGGCAAAUACCCAAAUCUCACAGAUAGCUUCCCAUUUCCGUUCCCAGAGCCCAGCAGCCAAACCCCACAGAUAAGGAUAACAUCAAAGCUAGCCAAUUAGUCGAUAUCAAAGCAAGUGAAUGUGAACCUAUAUGAGCUCAUGAUUACAUCAACUACCAAUUAAUUGUGGCAUUUUCAGAAAAAGAAAAAGUUCAUGAAAAGUUCACUGUUGGUUCAAAAGCUAAGUCUGUGCUCUUUUCCUUGGAAAGAUCAGAAGACUAUUUGAAACAUGGCUAUGCUAUUCUUUAAGCUUCAGUUGUGAUACAUGUGUUGUGGUUUAACAUCCUAACAAUACACACCAUAAAAAGUACACACAUAACUUCUCAAAACCAUGCAUUAGACAACUUUGAGUUAACAGAUUCUUUUCUGUAUUAACACUGAGGGCAUUUACCUGGCUUUUGGAAUAGGCAUUUUAAGUAAUAGAACAAGUGAUAUAUUUUAUCUAUUAAUUGUGUCUCUUACUGGAUCCAGGGUCUAGCAAUUGAUCACAUGCACUAGAGCCAGGAGAUGCUAUCCUGCAUAUUACAAAUAUCUAGGAAGCCCAUAUGGAUAACUUUUUGCUCCUCUUUUGUGCCUUUCCACUAUCUGAGCAUUUCAGUUCUCAAAUUAUGAAUACUUGACUUGCUAACUAAACAGCAUAAUAUUUACUUUUCCUUAUUGAGAGACAUUAUUUUGUCCACUGAAUCAGCACUUGCUUACUUAACAUUCUGCACCCCAAAAGCUGGAAGAACCACUUUGUUUAAUUGAAAUAAGUGUUAACAUAUUUCAAUUUGAUUUCAGUUUCAUAAUUAAUUAGUUUAUAAAUGUUAUAAGUUUAUUUUGUUUAUAAAAAUAUAUCAUAAAAAUAACAAAGCAGUUUACAAUAAUGACUAUAUCUAAUAAAACACACCCAAAAAUCCAAGACCCUCUGCUAACUGUUAUGGAGAGAUGUAGUCUUAAUUAUCCUAUUUUUAUAUUCUUAAAAGUCUAGAGUCAAACAGAAAUCUGCCUAUUGCGUUUAAAUAGGUAUAAUCCUGCAGUGCAUGAGGAUCAAAGAACUGCAAGUUAUAGGGUUGUAUGAAGACUAGUUACAGUAACCAGGUAGCAUACUUGCAUUUUCAGGAGAUAAACUGAUUAAAAAUGGGGAUAUGCGAUUGAAGUUAUUGUUUUUAAAAUUAUGUUUUUUUAAAUUUUUCAUUAUGCUAAUCAUGAUCUAUAACAUCUGGAGCACCUGAUUUGGAUUAAGAUGAAUGUACAUUGCUGUUUUGUGAUAAUGUGUGUGGUUUUUUUGUUGAGUUAGUCCAAUUUUUUAAGCCAUAGGCUAGUAGAAAAGCGUAAAUACGAUAAUCAAUGAAGAUGGAGCAUGUGUGUUUGCAUGGUUCUCAGUCUCACAGGGAAGCUUCUAUGUGCACUCAACCAAAUUCACUUACAAGCCCCAUGGAAGGGAGUGGUUGGUAUGCAAACUUACUGUAGCAACACAUGGUUGAAACUUUCAGAUAGUUGCUGAAAGAUCUUUUGUGCUAAUAUUUCUGUUUCUCUGAGCAAAACCCUAAAUUCUCCAUGUUGUGUAUGUUUUAUAAUAGGAAAAGUUAUAGGAAAAAAUGGAAAACUCAUUCAAGAGAUCGUGGAUAAAUCAGGUGUUGUAAGAGUGAGAAUUGAGGCUGAAAAUGAUAAAAAUAUUCCACAGGAAGAGGUAUGUGAAGUGAAAUAAAGUGGACUUGGUUUAUAUGCUGUUUCAUAUUUAGCGAGGGUGGGGGGACAAUUUCCUAAGCACUGUCCAUUUCUAUUAUAAAACCUAUGCAUAUAGGUUCUAAGUAAACAACCCUGCCUAAUUAUGUUUGAUCUGUUUAAAUAAACUUCUGUUUUAAGAAAAUUUCAUUGUACAGUGGUACCUCUGGAUGCGAACGGGAUCCGUUCCAGAGCCCUGUUCGCAUCCUGAAGCAAAUGCAACCUGUGCGUGUGCGGGUCGCAAUUCGCCGCUUCCGAGCAUGCACGUGACGUCAUUUUGAGUGUCUGCGCAUGCACAGAUGGUGAAACCCGGAAGUAAUGCGCUCUGCUACUUCCGGGUCGCCACAGAGCGCAACCCGAAAAUGCUUAACCUGAAGCUACUUCAACCCGAGGUAUGACUGUACUUAAACGUGCCAUUAGUUAUCCUUAUUUUUAGCUUGGUGAAAUAGGCCAUUAUUUCCAUUUUAGAGAUUAAGACCUUUAAUUAGCAGAGAGGGGAACUUUCCCCAUGAAUACACAGGUGAAAUUUAAACUAGGAUGCAAAUCCCCGGAGUAGCUUAUCUGAUAACAUUACCUUGAUAUUGUUGAAAACUGAAGGUUUUCCUUUAUUAUGUUUGGAUAAUUCGUACCAGGGUGGAUUUGAUUUAAAUCAAAUAGAUUUAAAUCAUUUUUAAUUAUUUUAUACAGAAAGACUCAUUCUUGCUGGUAUAAUCUUAAUAUUUACAACCAGAGGAAGGUUUCAUUUUUGGAAUAAUAAAUUUUUAGAGUAGUUUUUACAGUUAUAUCAAAAAUUACUGAUUUGGUUAUACUAUUAGAAAUACAUAGGCAGAUAAUUAUGAAAUUAUUGUGAGGUUUAAUAAGUAAACUGUUUAUAUUUGGACAACUUUUCUGCUGUACUUUAUUGGAAGGAGAAAAAUUAUCAUUUCCUUAAUAACAAUUUAAGCAAUUUAUUUAACUAAAGCAAUAACAUUGUAGCACAUGUAUCCAUGUUUGUUAACUGGUGUGGUUAAAUGUUUUUGUUUAAAAAACAACAACUUAGUUUUAGUACACAUGAAAAACUUAAAACAAAUCCUCAUUUCCUGAUGCAUAGCCUUUGGACUAUAAUGUAACUUAAAUAGAAAAUUAUACCGUAUUUUUCGUUCUAUAGGACGCACCGGCCCAUAGGACGCACCUCGUUUUUUGGGGGGGGGAAAUGAAUAAAAAGUUGUUCCCCCCACGGCUGCCGCCCCAAGCCUCGCGUGCUUGGGGCUGCAGGCUACCGCCCAAGCCUCGCCGCGCUCGGCGGGACCUCCCACCGGGCGCAAGAGGCUUGCAGACACUCGCCCGAAGCACGGGGGCCCUCCGGAGGGCUCCCCGUGCUUGGCGACAAGCUACAGCCCCAAGCCUUGCGCGCUGGGCGGGACCUCCUGCCGGGCGCGCAAGGCUGCAGACACUCGCCCGAGCACGGGAGCCCUCCGGAGGGCUCCCCGUGCUUCGGCGGCAGGCUCAGCCCCAAGCCUUGCGCGCUGGGCGGGACCUCCUGCCGGGCGCGCAAGGCUACAGACACUCGCCCGAAGCACGGGAGCCCUCCGGAGGGCUCCCCGUGCUUCGGCGACAGGCUGCUGCCCCAAGCCUCGCGCGCUCGGCGGGACCUCCUGCCGGGCGCGCAAGGCUGCGGACACUCGCCGGGGCUGCAGGCUGCUGCCUGCAAGCCUUGUGAGCCCGCGGGAACUCCCACCGGGCUUGCAAGGCUUGCGGAUAACUUCCUGAAGCCUGGAGAGCGAGAGGGUCGGUGCGCACCGUGCCUCUCGCUCUCAGGCUCAGCAGCCUGCAUUCGCUCCAUAGGGCCUUACACAUUUCCCCUUCAUUUUUGGAGGGGAAAAAGUGCAUCCUAUGGAGCGAAAAAUACGGUACUUAGAAAGAUUUUUACUCCAGAAGCAUUUUAUUUUUAAAAAUCUGAUUUAAAUCAAAGAAAUCCUAUUUAAAUACAAAAAAUACGAUUUUAAAAAUAAAAAAUAAAAAAUCAUUUAUUUUUAUCCACCCUGUCCUGCGCAUCAAUAACAAACCAUUUUCCAUGUAUAAAUUCUAGUAAAAUGUCACCAUGCACAUACAAGUCAGUAUCAGCAGACUUGUGUGAAUCCCAGGUUUUUCAAAGGUAUAAUGAGGAUUGCUCAAUGGACAUAAAAAAUUAGUUGACUGAUGGGGGGGAGGUAUGAAAUGGAGAAUUGUGAAAGAGACUGGCUUCGAACCCAGGCAUCUUAAAGGGUCAUAAUACAGACUUCCUUUUUUUAGGUUCUGAAAGAGCAACAGAUUCAUGUAUGGGAACAUCGAGAGUUGUAUUUCCAUUUCAGAAUUUAAGUAUAUCUCACAGCUUAGGAUUUGGCGAUGGUCUUUAUAUCCUGCUGUAUCUUAUGGGCUCAGAACUUUAAUAGAUUGAGUCCAAAGUUUGGUGGUGGUAUUUAGCCAAUAAAAUUGUAUUGUAAUUUUUUGUACAGUUUUGUACAAUUGUACAGUUUUGUACAAUUGUAAUUUUUUUUAUUGUACAGUUAGUUCCAAUAGCAUACUUGUCACUUGCCUUUGGUUUUUUAUCAAACACAUGUAUUAAUAAAUAUUUAAAACACAAAUCUGUUGCAUUGGCCCGUUGCAUAAUUUCUUUGGAACUAUAAAGUGCUUGUAUGGUGACCAUGUCUCACAAAGCAGAAACUAACUACUGCAGAGAGAUACUUGCACACUUAAGGUUCUACCAGUGUAAACUGUAAAUUAGGCAUAUACCUAUUUGCAGUUUUCAAAUGCUUCUUUAAAAGGUGGGUUGCAGUGUUUAUAUCCUGUCAAGUUUUGAGUUGAAGGUUCUGUGUUAACUCCUAUGUAUUUAAUGACAUCACUAAUACUUGCAUUCCUUACACUGCAGGCGUUAGUUGUGUCAUCAACUGUGGCAGGGAGAAAGCAAAAACCUGAACUCAAAACUUGGCAGGUAAGUAACAUUGAACCUCCCCUCCCCUUGUUUUUUUCUCUUCUUUUGCAGGUUGAUUUAACACUUAACGUAACUGAUAACUGAAGGAUCAUCUUUUAACAGAUAAAUGUACAUUUAACAUGUAACAAUGGAAGGGGAAGGCAUGGUUGCUGGGGAGAGGAUACUGUUGGAGAGGUGGGGGACGCAGAUUUCUACUGGCAAUCUGCUCCCAAUCUCUUGCCCAUUCUCUAUUUUUAACACUCAAUUGGCAGCCACCCAGAGUGGCUGGGGAAACUCAGCAAGAUGGGCGGGGUAGAAAUAAUAAAUUAUUAUUAUUAUUAUUAUUAUUAUUAUUAUUAUUAUUAUUAUUAUUUUCAUGCCUAUACACCUGGAGGCAUAGGGGAAUUAGAGGUGUCACUGAACUGUCUUUUUCCUCUUGGGAAGGCUGCAAAUCCUUCUGGACUUUGCUCCCUAAUUUUACAAAAUGUAAUGUGUCAUUUAAGUGGGGUAACCACUCCCCUAGGACUAUUGUGCCCUCUGAUCUGCUGGUCCUGUUGAUGAACACCAGGCCAGUACUUAACAAAAUCUCAAAUCUGAUUCUGGAUAAGGGAACAGACCUGCCACAUAUUACCAGGAUCUGGAUGAAACAGCUGGUUAAAAUCAUAUCUGACCUAGCUUUGCCCACCUAGGUACUCAGUGCAUCACUAAUCCAAAUUAUAUGGUCUGAAGGGGAGUCAUUGUCCACAAGGGUAAUUAUGUUCAACAUAAUAAUAAUAUAAUAAUUUAUUAUUUAUACCCCAGCCACUCUGGGGCAGCUCCCAUCAGAAUAUUAAAAACCUGUUAAAACAUAAAAUAUUAAAAACUCCACUUAACAGGGUUGCCUUCAGAUGUCUUCUAAAAGUCAAAUAGUUGUUUAUUUCCUUGACAUCUGAUGGGAGGAUGUUCCAUAUGGAGGGCACCACUACUGAGAAGGCCCUCUGCCUGGUUCCCUGUAACCUCACAUCUUGCAGUGAGGGAAUCGCCAGAACAUGAAACCCCCUCUCCUGGGCUGUGAGAGUUGUACCUGGUGUUUGGUCAGAGAAAUUGAUUGGGGCUGCUAUGGGUGUCCUGUCAACCUCAGAAGCCCACUGUUGAAAUUCUGCAAGGCAAUCUGAGGAGAUAAUUGCCUGCCUCCAUGUGAAGCUAAGUGUUGCCAUUGAUAAAGUUUCUGAAGUGUUCAGUGUAUCAUCCUGUCCAUUUUUAUGGAAUCUGUUGUAGUUGCUCAUGCCUGAAGAUGUACACAAGAUGUAUGCAGCUUGCUAUAUGCUCUCUGCCCAUGCUCAUCUCAUCUGGUUUGCAUCUAAGAGCUGGGAACACUGUUUUUGGAUUGUUUCAUUCCUGUACAGGUUCUCUCCCACCUUGUGCUGGACGACUCUGCCUGGGUCCCUUUCAUCAUUCCCAUUGCUAUUUAAUACCUAUAUGAAGCUGUUGGGUGCAUUCAUUUGGAGGUUUGGGUCAAGGUGUCACCAGUAUGCUGAAGAUACCCAAACAGCUACUAAAUUCUUACAACGUGUAGACACUAUGGAUGGCAGUUACCAGGCCCAGCAAUUGAGUUGUAUACCAGCUCUGGAUGGAGUUUUACUCUCUCUAAAGGAGCUGGUGCAUAGUUUGACUUUGCUGCUCAACCACUUGCUACCUCUAGAAACCCAGCUGGCCUCAUUUUCUUGGAGCGUUUAUUACCAAUUUCAGUUGGUGUGUUAAUUUUGACUGUUCCUGGACAGGGAUACCCUUGCCAUGAUGGUCCACGCAAUGAUAAACUCAUGAUUAGACACUUUCAGUGCUCUGCACAUAGGGCUACUCUUAUGCCUGGUUCAGAAGUUGCAACUUCAGAUGCGUUCAUAGCACACUCAGCAUUGAGAUCAACAUCUGCUGCCUACUUACUUGUGAGCCAAAUUCAAUGUUUUGUUGAUUUUAUCCCGGGACGAGGAUAUCUAGCAGACCACCUCCCACAGUACAGAUCAAGCUAAUUUGUAAGAUCUGAGGAAACAUCACUGGUCAGUUCAGGACCAGCAUGUUGACACUUUAGAUCAAUGCAAAAGUGGGCCUUUUCAGUGAUAGCACCCACUUUCUGGAAUCCCCUUCCUCAAGUAAUUCAUGAGGAAGAGAUAGUACUGACUUCCAAACAAUUCUUUAAACCUUUGUUGGCUUACACCUUCCUCAACUGACUUGUUUUUUUUCUUUUUCUUUUGUACACUGCUCGGCUUUAAUUGAGAUAUGCAGGUAGCUCACAACUGCUUGCAUUUAACAUGUGAGAUUUCAACUUUGCACUGUAGAAAUAACACAGAUUAAAUACACGAAAGGCAGAGUGGUUUUUUUGUGCAGUUCCCACACUCAGAAAGAGCUUUUAAGCUCUCUGCCUCGCUUGUGGGUUGGAGGGUAGGCCUAUUCAAUGCAACAGUUCCAGAAGAUAAGAUUGCUCCCCCAGGGGCAGUUCCAAAGUGUGGUUUUUGUGUAUAUAUGCACCAUCUCCAGAAUGUAACCCUCAUGUAAGUUGUGAGUUAUCUUUAUUAUGAAUAAAUAUAAUCUUAUAGAAUUGUAUCCAAAGUUCUACUCAGAGAAGACCCAUUGAAAUUAAUGGACAUGACUAACCUAGGUCCAUUAAUUUCAGUGAAUCUACUCUGAGUAGAACUUAGUUGGAAAAAACCCACAGUCUUUAUGUAAACCACCUGGAGACUGAUACUUUAUUAUUUGCUUGUAGUAUUUUAUGUUGCUUAACAUAGAUUUUAAAUGUCAUCUGGAAAGUUAUGAGUAUCGAUAGAGCUAGGAAUGUUCAUUCUUUUCCUAAAGAAAUUGCAAUUGCUAUGGCUUUGCACCUGAAGAUCUCUGAUUCACCAAUUCCUUUCUAGGGAAUGGUUCCUUUUGUCUUUGUGGGAACCAAGGACAGCAUUACGAAUGCCACAGUUCUUUUGGAUUAUCACCUCAACUAUUUAAAGGUAAGGAAAUUAACAUACUUUGUGGGGAGUGGAAAAGGUAGCUUAGAACAGCGAUGUCCAACAGGUCAAUUGUGAUCUACUGGUAGUUCCCUGUGAGGUUUUGAUAGAUCGCGGUCAAUCUCUGGCUCCCUUUCCUUAGCGCCCCCAAACUGACUCCUGCCCCCUUGCCCCCCCCCCCAUAGCUGUAUGAUCUCUGGAAGGGAAGAUGGAGCUUUCUCUGUGCUGCUGUUUUGAUCCAUAGCAAUCUUUUUGUGAGUGACAUUACCCCUUUGUCCCUAGCCUUUCCCCCCCAAAAAGCUUUUAUUUAACCCCUAAUAAAAGCUCGACAACUUCAAGCUGACCCCCCCAAAAAAAACAGGGCUUUCCUCCUCCCCCCCAAAAAGCUCCAGAACUUUGAGCUGAACCCCAGAAAAACGGGGGUAGAUCACUGCCAGUUUUUAAUUCUGAAAGUAGAUAGCUGUUUCUUGAGAGUUGGCCACCCCUGGCUUAGAACAAUAGUUUGUGAUAUUUUUCUGAGUUUCUAAGCUAAUUCAAAUUCUCAGGUUAAAUAGCUAUGUAGGAAACAAAAUUCUUAACAAUGCUGAGUAACUGGUUUAAAUCCUGACAUUAUCAUAUGUUUCUUAAGCCAGUUGUGGAAGAAGCCAAACCUCUGACCAAGACACUUAAUAAGAUUGGUUAAAAUGGCAGCAACUUCCUGUAACUUAGUUCUCUGUUUAUAGGAAGUGGAUCAACUGCGUCUAGAGAGACUGCAAAUAGAUGAACAGCUUCGACAGAUUGGGGCCACUUCUAGACCACCACCAAACCGCACAGAUAAAGAAAAAGGAUACAUGACUGAUGAUGGCCCAGGUCUUGGAAGAGGCAGCCGACCCUACAGAAACAGAGGGCAUGGGAGACGUGGCCCAGGCUAUGCUUCAGGUAGGUAACUUGGAUGGUUCGAACUUGUACCCUCUGAUUUGUUAUGUGCCUUUAUUUGUUAUGUGGUUGAGUAUGUCUAAAAAUGUGAAUGAGUUGCAGAUAUGGAAAUAAAUGUGACCUCUACAUAAUAGUUGUGACACCUACUAUGUUCAUUGUUGGGUUCAUUUGGUUAUGUCUUAAUGUCCAUUCUGAAAUACUAUACAGACUGAACAUCUAUAAAUUGAUUGCAGUAACUUUAUUAACAUACGAAUGUACCUUGAGUUGAAAGUAAUGUAUUGAGUUCAAAGAUCCUAAUUUCUUAUCCAGAAAGAAAAAUUACCUCUUCCAUUAUCCAUAGUUGGAUAGUGAGGUUCUCAUUUGUUUCUGGGUGCUGUGUAACAAAUUACAAAAACACCAUGAAAAGCUUUUAUUUUUAUUGAAAUUUUGACAUUGUCAUGUGAACUGUAUUGGUCAGUGUCUACAAACUGUUGUGAAUAUAAUUCAGUCUACACAUUGUGCUUGUCACAUGAAAGCCACUUGCAGUAGUCUUAACAAGCCGUUCUGUACGAUUUCAUCACACAUGCAACAUGUAAUCAGGACUCUUAUUACACCUAUGUCAAAGCAAAUUUUAAACAGCAGCUCAUAUAAUGAAUUCCUCUUCAUUCUUAGCACUAGUGAAUUGAGCUGAGAUCCCUUUUCUUAAACAGAUAAGCUGCUUAAAUUAAUCUUGACUAGAACUUUAUUUUUACAUUGUCCUUGCUGAGAAAUAUUACAGAAACAAUAUGAAAUUAAUAUUUUAGAAAGAGGCUAGUUUUAACCGGUGGGUCAUUCAGUUGGUUGGAUUUUUCUAAAAUAUUGUGAAAAUAGACUGUGGUAUGUCUUGGUUUUUUUAAACUUUGAUAGGAGCUAAUUCUGAAGCAUCAAAUGCUUCUGAAACAGAGUCUGAUCACAGAGAUGAGCUUAUCGACUGGUCAUUAGCCCCAGCAGAAGAAGAGCGUGACAUCUACCUUCGCAGAGGAGAUGGGCGAAGACGUGGUGGAGGUGCACGUGGUCAAGGAGGAAGGGGUCGGGGAGGUUUCAAAGGUGAGUAAAUGAUUAUGAUACUACAUGGCAGAUGAGCUAUUAGAGCUCUUGAUCACGUCCUGUACAGCUGGUGUAUGUCUGAAAUGAAGCUAGUAGAUUUGCUGAACAACACUGUAGCAGUAACAAAACAAAACAAAAAUCCUUUAAAACUGAAUCGGGCCAAACCAUAUUCCAUGCGAACUGAGGAAUGGUAGAGGCAAAAUAGCAACUGGGAUUUCCAGAAAGCAAGGAGUGAGAGAAUACAGAGGAGAAAUACAUAUCAAUAAAUGCUGUUGUCCACUCACACGAAGGCCACCAAAUCUGCCCAAUUAACAAGCUGGUUUGUACCUACACAAUAUAUAUCCCAAAAGUUGCACAGCUUGGGGCUUAUCAAGGCAGGUUUGCUAUAGGUCCCACCCUAAGCUACUGAUUAGAGGUUUUUCUGUGACUCAUUUCCCUAAAAUGUUUUAUGAUUUUUAUCUAAAUGUGUGAACAUCUAAUUUUCACCAGAAAUGUAAAGCAUUCUUUUUUUUACAUUUAUAUAUCACUUUCCUACCAGUAUACACAGUGCAGUUUACUAUUUAAAAAGUACCCCGUAUUUUUCCAUGUAUAAGACACCCCCCCCCCAUGUAUAAAGACGACUCUUUUUUUUAAUCAAAGCACCGGUAUAUUUAGUACCAUAUAUUUAAACAGCAGCGAUCAGGUUGGACAAAGUUGUUGAGCUUUUCUUCAGCAAUCACAAGAUUGCCCUGAGCUUGCGCUAAACACAAACCCCUGUGCAUUCACCAUCUGUGUAUAAAACAACCCCAAAUUUUUGACUAAUUUUUUAAAGCAAAAUACAUUGUCUUAUACUCAGAAAAUACGAUAAGAUCCAAAGAACAACAACAACAGGGAAGACUUUUCUAAAAUCUAUUUUUGAUGUGCAGGAAAUGAUGAACAGUUGCGAACAGAUAACCGUCAACGUAAUUCAAGAGAUACUAAAGGGAGAACAGCAGAUGGGUCACUUCAGGUAAAAAAAUCAUUUGUUUAUUUAUUUAUUACCUAUGCACUCAUCAGCAUCUGCAUAAAUGGAGUUGCUCUUGAUAUUCAUGGAGUGAUGCAUCCAUGCACACCUAUCCCUGUCUUCAUAAAAGUCUCCCCCCCACCUUCCCCCCCACCCCCUGGCAAUUCUGCAACUUUACAUUUGGUCAUUGGAAGUUGCCUCAGUAAUGGUAUAUUACUGCCAAUGACUGAAGACGUUCGUUAGCCGAAGGGGGAGGGCUAAUUUUUAACAAUUCCUCCUUCAUUCCCUUGUGUGCCCCUAAAUCUGCCUGGGUAAAAGGAACACUUUGAGCUGGUGUAGGAGGGGUGGGAAUUACCUAAAAUUGUCGUCGCCUCCCCCAAUUCCACUGGUGGUUACCGUCCAUCAGUGAACAGACACGAUUUGGUACCACCCAAAAUAAUUUUACUUAGGUUUUUAAUUUCCAUCGUUCCCAAAGGAUCAAGAAGAGUAAUACUUUUGAACAGUUGACUUAAUAAAAGCUCUGAAAUGCAUUUUUAGAAAUUAGAAAUCCUGUUUCUAAAAAUAUACAAAAAUAAACCACUGCUUAGCUUUGACUACUAAAUGCUUACCUAUAGAAGAUCAGCUUCCAUCUUAUUUGGAAGGUAAAUUUCAGGUUUUGUUGGGUUUGCCUAGGAAACCAGUCCUGCAAAAUUACUAAUAGCUAUGAUACACACAGUCAAGUGUUGAAGCAAGUUCUGACCUUUGUACAAGCCUAAAUGCCUGAACGGUAUUAAAAAUAAAUUUGGUUCCUUUUAAUGGCACCCUUCUAGAAUAUAUUUUAUUUGAAGAAGGGGGAAAACUUCUUAGAAAAAAGUGCUCUCCAACGAGUCUUGAUAAAUGUUCCUUUUUAAAUUAUCAAAGGGGUAUGCUUUAUAUAACUCUAAUUUGUUUCAGAUCAGAAUUGACUGCAAUAAUGAAAGGAGUGUCCACACUAAAACAUCACAGAAUACCUCCAAUGAAGGUAGCCGGUUGCGCACGGGUAAAGAUCGUAACCAGAAGAAAGAGAAGUCGGACAGCGGGGAUGGUCAGCAACCGUUGGUGAAUGGAGUACCCUAAACUGCAUAGUUUGAGAAGUUAUAUUUCCUAAACUGUUUCAGUAAAACUUAUUCCACAUUAGAUAAACUUAUUAGGCCAAAGACAAAUAGUAGGCAAGAUGGCGCAGGGCAUGAAAUGAAUAUAAAAAGUUCUUUUCGCCUUUUUUAAACAUCAGUAUGCAGUUUUUUCAAAAUAAGAUGUUUUACUUGCAUUAAAAAUACCUUGAACUUCUGGAAAAAAAAUUGCUUUUAAGUACAUAUUGCACUUCAAACGAUGAAAUAAUCCAUUUGUUUGUUUAUAAAAUAAUGAAACUGUGCAUUGGUAUUUCUGUUCAGUUGUACCAUUUCAAAGAAUUGGUCAAAAUCACUGCUAAAUUUCAAUUUUUAGAAUAAAUAGUGUUUGCAGUAAUCAGAUUGGGCUUCUGUUUUUAAUCUUUUAGAAGUUACUCACCUUAAACAUUAAAAGGUUCUGUUUUAUGUCCUGUGUCAGUUCACAUUUUGGUUCACUUUUUCAGUAUUUUAGUGAACCUCUCGAUAUAUGUGUAAUGUAACUAAAUUGUCAUUUUCAUUAGCAAAAAGUUGUAUGAUCUGUGCCUUUUUUAUAUCUUGGCAGGUAGGAAUACUAUAUUUGGAUGCAGAAAUCAGGGAAGCUGAGUUGGAAACACUAAAUGUACAAUAUAUGUAGCAAAACUUCUCCAACAAUUAGUACUUUAUUAGAAGAAUGCAUGCUUUCCAUAUUUUUUUCCUUGCAUAAACAUCCAGUUAGGCAGUUUUAAGAAUAGAAAAUUUAUUUUGCACUGAAAUAAUGGCAGAUUGUGUUACUGAGAUGGUGUGUUUUGUUUUUGUUUCCUUUUCAGACAGGACAAGAGAAGUUUUUUGUUUUGUUUUUGUUUUGUUUUUUUAAACCUAUUUCCAUUUGUGAUAAACUAAAACAAUUCAUGGUUACUGAGGGAACAAAUUGUAACUUGUUCAUAAGCUAGUAGUUUGUGCCUGCUGUUGGCCAGAGGACCAAUUUUAAAGAAUAGCUUUCUUUUUAGUUCCCCUACAUUUUUGUUUGAAAUUUGGAAUCUGUAUCAGAUAAGAAAGGAAGUUGAUUUCUAUAUGUGAAACUUAGAAAAAUUCAGGGAUAGUGUAGUUCAACAGCCUUGGAAACAGAACAGUCUUACAAGGUCUCGUGUACAAGUAGAUUCAAAACAUGUUACUGAAGUUGGCAUUAAGUUUAGUUGCCCAUAAUAGGGGUGGGGGAUGCUUUUUAUUUCUGAUCAUGAAUGAAAUUGUACUUAAAAAAAAAAAAAAAAGUGUAAUAGGACUUCCAUUUUAAGCUAUUCUGUUUUUCUUAAAUUACUCCAGUAGGAGUUUGGGUGAUUAUGUACAGAAUUGUACAAACCUGGCCCUUGUAUCUGCAUGUUGUGCAUUUUUGUUUCUCUGCUGCUUUUUCUCCGCCCAUCCACCCCCUUGCAUACAAGCAAGCAUAUAAAAAUGGCAACAAACUGCACACAACUUAACAAAUAUUAAAAAGUCUUAAAUAUUGCCAAACUUUAAAUGUUGAUUUCUAGUUAUUUAUUUUGGGGGAAUGUAUAGUAUUUGAAAAAACUGAAAUUGGUACCUUGCACACAUCAUCUGUAAGCUGUUUGGUUUAAAAUACUGUAGAUAAUUAACCAAGGUAGAAUGACCUUGUAAUGUAACUGCUCUUGGGCAAUAUUCUCUGUACAUAUUAGCUACAACAGAUUGGAUUUUAUGUUGACAUUUGUUUGGUUAUAGUGCAAUAUAUUUUGUAUGCAAGCAGUUUCAAUAAAGUUGGAUCUUCCUCUGCUAAUGGAUGUUGAUGCAAUCUUUAUAAAUGAUUGCUUUUCAAAAAAUCAACUUAAAAAGAAGCAAGAACCUAUUUUAUUUCUGUGUUAAAUUGGAAACAUUGUUUACUCCAGAUGUGUGAAAGCUGAAACAUUUUCAGUUUCAAGGAUUUGGCUGGUAAUGUGCCAUUACUGGUUGAACAGUACAUAUUUAGCAAUUAUAUGCACUAAUUUUACACUCAAGGCUGACUUCAGUAAGGUGCUAACUAGAUUUGACUUACUAAAACUGUAAUAGGUUAAUCACAUUUUCAAAUGACAUUUUUGCAGUAUUUUUGUGCUUUAGAUGUGUAUCCCUUUCCAAGUCAAAAAAUCCACUGUUUAUAAGUAUUCGUACAAUUUAAAAAAUUGUAAAAUCAAAAUGUAAAACUCAUUUUGAAAAUCAUGCGUGUUACAAAAGAUUGAAAGUGCAGCAAAUGUCUGAUGUUUGGGUUCACUUCCUUAUUGGUAACUUCACAUACAGUCUAAUGAAUUACAAUUAUUUUGAAAAAUAAAGUUUUUUUAAAGAGUGAAAGGUAUCUGUGAAUGACCACAAAAUUCAAGUACAAUAUAAGAUAGACCUCCCCAAGAACUUGUAACACAAAACCAAAUUUGUUCACUCUCACACUGUUGUAUCAAGGAUGAAGAGAAAAUGUUGACUUGUUUCCAUAAACAAGGUUGUUUCUGAUACUAGUAAAUGUCUUCCUCAAAAUGAUCCAGUUUUCAUGCCUUGGACCAAAUUAUUUAUUUUAUUUAAACAGUAUAUACUGCAACCUAUAAAAUCAACCUUAAUUUGAAAUGCCUACUGGAAUUACAAAGUCUUCUUGGAAGUUAAGUAGGGAGGGGCCUAUCUUUGGCAUUGGCCUUGACAAAUAAAUAACUCAGGCAUUUUUAGGGGUAAGUUAUUUCUAUUGAACCAUGAAGAUUUCAUGAUGCUUGUCUAGACACUAGCUUUUUCAAAUGUGGCUUGACUGUUGACCAUGCUGGCUGGGGCUUAUGGGAGUUGUAGUUCAGUAACAUCUGGGAGGCCAAAUAUUCCCCACAGUAGCUCAUUUGUUGUAGAAUAGAGAGGACUUUAUUCCUAAAAACACUUGUCUUGGGCAUGGGAGAGAGACUAAGAUACAAAAUGCUCAGGCUCCUUGUGAAUUUUCAUCUAGAACGCAACAAGGUAUCAACCUAAGCUUUCUGACAGUUCAUCUGAAUUCAGUAUGGAUGCUCCUGCAUUUCAUUAAUACUCCUGUUUCUCUGAAAGGGGUGAUUUAUUAUAAAGUUUUUUGUCUAAAUAAUCAUCACUGUAGAUGAUCUUCCCUAGGCUAUAACAAGCUCCAAACUUGCUUUCUCCCUAACCUUGUCUUCAUUAUGUUGACCAAUUGAAGAGUGCUAAGUAUUACUUCCAUCUUGGAAUUAAUCAUUUAUAGGCCCAUUUGGAGAGGGCUAUUGCAUGUUCCACUUCCCAAAAAGGUGGUUUUGUAAAAACCAGAAUGUAAACUAGGAAGAGUUGGGGAAGCACAUUGCACUCUGCAGAUAGCAGCUAUGAAGGAGAGAUCAUUUUAAGCCCAUGGUCACUGUUGUUUUUUUUUAAAAAAACUUUGUAUUUAUUUGAAGUCUAGGCGCUCUACCCUUUCUAGCAGGGUAGGCAUUUUGCAAAAAAAAAAUAUUAGAGGACAACCGGAAAGCAGGCCAAGGGUUCCUGUCCUGGCACAUUGUGACCUCUUAUAUUAGCCAGCACCACUACAACAGCAACACUUUAUUAUAUGCAGAGCAAGUUUAUGUGAACUGGCAAAAAGUUUCAUUACAAAAGGGUUAAUAUUCUUGAUGCAAAAUUGCUUUCCCACAAAAUCAUGGCUUAGAAGCCAGUAAGUCUUUAGGUUCCUUU